UCUGUUCUUACCAUUUACCGUCUGGACGCUGGAGACGAGCCUCGUUACUGAACGGCUGCUGUGAUGAGGUCAUUGAGAACGGCUCCUCCUCUUCCUCUGGUCUUUCUGCUCAUGACUGCUGGAGCUUUUGGAACAGAGUGGAGUGUGAAGUACAACCAACAGGAAAUCUGUGCUUUAAAUGGAUCCACAGUGUUUAUGAACGGAACUUUUACUCACCCAGAAAAUCUCACAGUGACAGAGACUUUCUGGAUCAUACAUCCAGUUGAGGGUGUGGAGCCGACUGAUCUGAGUAAAGAGUCAAAUUAUUCAGGCAGAGUCGAGUUUUUCACUGAUGAUCAGAAACACUUCUCCCUCAAACUGAGUGAUGUGAUGAAGAAGGAUGAACAUCAGUUCCGCUUCAGAAUCAUAACAAAUGUAGAAAAAGGAAGAUGGGCAGGUGAACCUGGGGUUCAGCUCAGAGUUACAGAGCUCCAUGUAGAUGCUCCUCAAGAAGUGACAGAGGGACAAAAAGCAGAUCUGACAUGUAAGACCACCUGCAGUCUGACUGACCCAACAUUCAUCUGGUACAAAAAUGGACGUCCUUUAACCACAAAGACCAUCAAGAACAACGAGCUCCACCUGCAGAUGGUCAGCAGUGAGGAUGCAGGCAGUUAUAGCUGUGUUGUAGGAGGAUCUCAACACCUCCGCUCUACUGCUCACAGCCUCAGAGUCAGAUAUCCUCCAAAGAGCAUCUCAGUGUCCAUCUGUUCCUCUGGUGAAAUAGUGGAGGGCAGUUCAGUGACUCUGACCUGCAGCAGUGAUGGAAACCCACCUGUGAAGAUCUAUACCUGGUUUAAAGAAGGUGGAACCUCACCUCUAGGAUCUGGACAGAAUUACAACAUCCUCAGCAUCACUGCUGACCACACUGGACUGUACUACUGUGAAGCUCAGAAUGACCAUGGAGCUCUGAAUGGAACUGUGACGGUCACUGUUAAGAGUUCGAAUUUGUCAACGGUUUGGAUCGCAGUGGGGGGAGGAAUCUUUCUUCUUCUGCUUGUUACUGUCUUAAUCUGCAUUUGCAGAAUGAAGAAAAGAACAGCUGGAACCAGCUGCAGUAAACCAAAACAGGAUGAUGUCCUCUACACCAGCGUUACACCCAGCACAUCCAGACCUGCACAGGCUGCUGACUCUGCUGACUCUGGAGCUGCUGAUGUUCUGUAUGAUGAAGUGACCAGCACUGACCAGCAGGGGGAGCCCCAGUAUGCCAGUGUUACAUUCAUUCGCCACGCUGAUGACGCUGGGCCACCAACUCGGGAUGUGGAAGAUUUCUCAGUGAUUUACAGCACAGUAAGGAUAUAUUAGGUCAGCUGUGAACUGCUGUACAGAGAGAGAGAGAGAGAGAGAGAGAGAGAGAGAGCAUUUGUAUGGAUGGGCUCUCGAAGUAUAAUACUGAACCGUAGUAAACAAACUAAAGUUUUAAAGUUUAUUUCAUUUUUCACUUUUAAUAAAUAUCAUAUCAGGAGUCAGAUUACAUUUGAAGCCCAAAACUCCAUUUGUCAGUUUUAAAACUUCAGCUGUAUGUUUAAACUUGUG